AUGUUGCCGCCCUUGAGUGUCGAGCAGAUUGCCCGUCAAGCUUCAGAAUUCGAGUUCGACCCUUUCUCUCCAUUACGUUACUGGAUACGGGCAGCUGGGCUACUAGUUAAAGAGGCUAGCAUAUACGAACGCGAGGGAAACGAUCAACAGGCAUAUCUUCUGCUUUUCAGACAUGCGCAACUUGUAAUCUCCCAUAUUGCGACCCAUCCGGACGCGCGACUGGAGGAAAAUCGCAAAGCUAUAGCUGCCGCAAAACGGGAAGUCCAAAAGAACCUCACUAAACUCGAGCUGUUAAAACCUCGUAUCAACAAACGAUAUGAACAAUACACUCAGCUUCCUCGUAGCAGAGAGGCCAGAAGGACACCUCCUCUACCAGAAAACGAUAGUCUUACAACUGCAAAUGCCCCGGUUGACCCUGCAUUAGCUGGAGUUCCGGAACCGUUAGAUGCAGCUAAGAAUAGGGAGUUCGCUGUCAAACUUGCCCAGAGGGAAUUUAGCCGGCGAGCAACUGCUCGCGCAGUAUCUCAGCCCUGCGAUACCUAUGAGCAGACGGACGACCUCAGUCAGCGUCUCCAAGAUGUAUGGUCUCAAGUCUUAAGAACAGAGUCAACGGUUAGAAGACCACCGUCAAGCCCGAGUCAACCUUCAACUCGCCACGACCAUGAACAAAACAGGACCAUAUACCCAAGACCUAGUAGUUCAAGGCCUGUGUCUAGUUACAAAUAUCCCAGUGUUCCCCGCCAACAGGCUUCUGGUGUUGAACAACUGCCUCCGCCCCUACCUGAUAAGGAGGAACUUGUUGCAUCCAACACACUUCUCCCACCGCAGCUCCCAGCCAAGGUACAGGAGUCUACCCUGUCACCUCCAGCGCUCUCUACCAACUUACCUCUUCCUCCACUAUCUCCCCCUCCUAUUCCGAGCAAGGUAUCAACUGUCUGUCUAACCUCAACGAACGACACUUCUACCAGAAGUAUAACUCCAUCUGUAGACCCCCAGCCAUCAGGAUUUACCUUUAAACCUUCAGCCUAUCUUGAAAACGGGACCCCUCUUCGGACAAUUUUCAUUUCUCCCGACCUCCGGAAAAAGUUCCUCUCCAUCGCUGCCCCUAAUACGCAGCGCAACCUCGAAACCUGUGGUAUCUUAUGCGGAACACUAAUAUCCAACGCUUUCUUUAUCUCCACACUCCUCAUCCCCGACCAAGAGUCCACAUCGGACACCUGCGAAAUGAUCAACGAAGCCGUCAUUUUUGACUACUGCGAUUCCGAAGAUCUGAUGGUUCUUGGCUGGAUACAUACUCACCCAACACAAACCUGCUUCAUGAGCUCCCGCGAUUUGCACACACAGUCUGGCUAUCAAGUAAUGUUAGCUGAAAGUAUUGCGAUUGUUUGCGCACCCAGCAAGGAUCCCGACUGGGGGGUGUUCCGGCUUACAGAUCCCCCAGGAUUGAAAUGUGUGCUCGCAUGCACACAACCGGGUAUUUUCCAUCCGCAUGCAGAAUCUAAUAUCUAUACUGAUGCACUGAGGCCUGGUCAUGUUUUCGAGGCUAAAGGUUUGGAGUUUGAAAUUGUAGAUUUGCGCCUUCGAUAG